AUGAAAUUUCUCACAUUGGCCUACGAUAUUCUCCAAUGGAUUGGUGUGUUCCCUCAGUGGAUCUGGUCCAAAUGGAAAUUGUGGGUUUACAGCAUUUACCGAAUAAUGAUUUUUGUAAUGAUCGCCUUGUUUACGGUGCUAAUGACCGUUCAGAUGUUCGUGGCUACAGAUCUGACCAUAUUGGCUCGAACCAUAGACAUCUGGACCAUGUUCUUGUCGGGUCUGUACAAAUGGUCUUGUAUGUCGCUGUUCCAUGAAAAAUUUGUAAAGCUCAAAACGAAACUAAUAGAAAUACAGGUGCAAGGGUCGGUAGCAUUCGGUCGUCGGUCAGCUGAUAUCUUCACGACCAACUACUUAAAGCAGACGCAGAAAGUGACUUUCGGAUAUAUGAUGAGCGGCCUAGUUGCAGCGGGUUUCUUAAUAAUGAGCCCCUUGUUGACCUAUCCAAAGGGAGGUCGGUCUGAUUUUGAAUAUUAUAAUGACCCACGAAGUUACCCAUUGAGUUGUUGGAUGCCGUUCAUGAUAGACGAACGUUGGAUGUUCUGGACCAUUUUCAUAAGUCAGUCCAUUUCGUUAAUAGUUGUUGUUUGUAUGUAUUUGGGAAUCGAUUCAUUCAUGUUUGGCGCUAUAUAUACUGUUGGUGGUCAAAUCGAACUAUUAAACUGGGCAUUGAACAGCAUCAAAAAUUCAUUGGAAGAAAUCGGAAGCUCAACGUCCACGGAUCAACUUAUACAGUAUACUGAAAAACAACAAAUGAAGUGUUACUCGAUCCUUCGUCAAUGUGUGAAACAUCAUAUUUUGAUUCUCAAUUACAUCAAAAUGGUACACACACUGUUCAGUUCUUUGAUAAUCAUUGAUUAUUUACAUGGAAUAACAUCGGUGUCAUUUGCGCUGUUCCAGUUAACGAUCAGCAGAGGCAUAGGCGAAAAGAUUAGUGUAAUAAGCUUCAUCGCUUUGAGUGUAUGGCAUCAAUUCCUCAACAAUUUUUUCGGCGAAUUCAUCAUACAAAAACAACUGAGUGUUAGCGUUGCGUUGUACCACAUCCCGUGGUGGCGUGCGGGCAAAAGCGUGCGUCAAUUGUUGUCGUUGAUGAUAUCGAGAUCUAUUAGACCGACAUUCAUCACGGGAUUCUAUAUGUACAAGUUGAGUUACGAGUCAUUCAUUUCGUUCGUUAAAGCUUUGUAUACGUACUACAUGGUAUUGAGACGUGUCAACGCGGAAGAUAAAAACGCCUGAGCCCGUAAUCAAGUCAUACGUGGGUUAUUACAUUCGUAACGAUUACUAUGAACAACACACAAUCACACAUCGCACAUAUAUUUUAAAAAUAAGGUGUAAAUAGUACACAUUUUGUGGAACUCUUUGUGACUUUUUCGAAUUCUUUAAAUUAUGUUCAUAACAACAAGAGUGUUUUCUGGUCGGAAAUUAUACUAGCUGGUUAACUGGUGGGAAGCGGAAUGGGUGUUUAAGCGUCAAAAGUAAAAAAAAAAUCAAUAUUUUCAAAUGUUUC